CUCAUCCGCUCAAUCGUCUCAAUUCCCUGCGUCUUUAUCACCCUUUCCCCAAGACUCUCCAAAUCGAGUAUCGUCCGAAGGGUCUACUUCCAUUCCUUCUCCUUCCGUCCUGCUCUAUUGCUUAUCUUCAUAUGUUCUAUAUGAUUAGCGGGGAAACUUUCUUGUUUGUUGAUAUUGUGAUUUACAGUAGAAAAAGAAUAUAUCUUACUAGAGUCUUAGCAUUUAUAAGGAUUUGGAGUUAAUUGAAAUGUCAAACCCAAAAGUUUUCUUUGAUAUCCUUGUUGGAAAAAUGAAGGCUGGUCGAAUUGUAAUGGAACUGUUUGCAGAUGCUACUCCGAGAACCGCAGAAAACUUCCGCGCCCUAUGCACUGGAGAGAAAGGGAUUGGUAAAGCUGGGAAGGCACUACAUUAUAAAGGCUCAACCUUUCACCGUAUUAUCCCAAAUUUCAUGUGUCAGGGCGGAGAUUUCACGAGGGGAAAUGGAACUGGAGGAGAAUCAAUCUAUGGUGAGAAAUUCCCAGAUGAGAAUUUCAAGGUGAAGCACACAGGACCUGGAGUUCUGUCCAUGGCAAAUGCUGGACCAAACACAAAUGGUUCUCAGUUCUUUAUUUGCACCGAGAAGACCUCAUGGCUUGAUGGUAAACAUGUUGUGUUUGGUAAAGUUGUGGAAGGCUAUAAUGUUGUUAAGGAGAUGGAGAAGGUGGGUUCAGACACUGGGAGGACUUUACAACCUGUUGUUAUUGAAGAUUGUGGUCAGCUAUCAGAAAAUUGAUAUGCAUAAAUGUUACAUAAAUUUAAUAUUUUUUUUCAUUAAUUUUAGUUAAUUUGAAUUAUCUAUGAUCAACUUCCUAUCUCAGUUAUCGCUUUUGUCUUCUAUCUCUGGUUGCUCCCUCUCUGUAUCUCUACAUGCAUCAUAAAUAUUUCACUUUAUCUCA